AUGCCCUCCCUCGAUUCUAAAAAUCCUAUUACAUCAUUAGUUGGCUCAUUCAUUGCUUGGAAAUCACUACUCCUACUUAUUGUUAUCGGGAGUAGCGUUGGUCCAGCUUACGACACCUCAAGCACUCUAUUAUCCCCUGAGAUAACUUCAUCCCACGAACCUCCAUUUGACUUGGCUACAAAGUUAACAAGAUGGGAUUCUAUUUACUUUAUACAGGCCUCUCGUCGAGGUUAUCUGUUUGAGCAGGAAUGGGCAUUUGGCAUCGGGUUUCCAACUGUCAUCUUUUAUCUUAGUCAAGGACUUUCUAGCUUUGGAAUUCAGUCCCAUGAAUCCCUUGAGCCACUUAUCGGGAUAUUGGUAGCUCACACAUCCCAUCUACUCUCUGUGCUUGCCUUGUAUCAGCUUGGACUCGUCGUCCUAAGAAAUCAGCGGCUGUCGUUUAUCGCGGCGCUACUGCAUAUCCUGUCUCCGGCUGGGCUUUUCUUGUCAGCUCCAUAUAACGAGAGCACCUUUGCUUUUCUAUCUUUUACCGGCUAUCUCUUCUUUGCAAAGGGUUUACUUGGGCCAAAACGAACUUUUGCCCACGAUGUAAGCUUGGUUGCUUCAGGUAUGUGGUUUGGCUUCGCCACCACAUUUCGUAGCAAUGGCCUAUUCAAUGGGAUCCCAUUCGCAAUUGCGCUGACCCAUGAACUCACUAUGCCACCUACUCUAUCUAGUAUCCGACGACGAUUUGCCCUACUCUUGGGAGGUUUGGCGAUAGCAGUUAGCUUUGUGAUUCCACAACUUGUUGCAUUUCAAAUCUUCUGCUCCGUUCCUUCCGGUACCAGGUUAAGACCUUGGUGCACGAGCGCAUUUCCCAGUAUUUACUCAUUCGUUCAAGCGCGCUAUUGGAACGUUGGCUUUCUCCACUACUGGACUCCAUCAAAUAUACCCCUUUUCUUACUCGCUGCGCCAAUGAUUUACAUUCUUAUAACCUCAAGUGUAGAGCUCAUCAGACGGCCUCUGAGUAUCGCAUCUAAAGAAUCCAUUACCGGUAACCACUCGCAUCUUACAGUAUUAGUCCGUUCCAUGGCCUUAUCCCAGCUCAUCUUAGCUGCUUUAUCCAUCACAAACUAUCACAUCCAAAUCAUCACGAGGAUCUCAUCAGGAUAUCCGCUCUGGUACUGGUGGCUGGCAGGGGUAAUUACUGAGAAAAAGACCUCCAAAUUUGGGGGAAACGUCGUGAAGUUUAUGAUCAUGUACGCCGCCAUUCAGGGAGCCCUCUUUGCCUCUUUCCUUCCUCCGGCCUAA